UUUGUCUGACAUGCAGUAUGAAUUGUGGAGCCUUUUACACAUACGUGUUUGCCUUUUCAAAUUGUAUCCAAUUAAUUCAGUUUUACUAAAGGUGGACUCCAGUUUAAUUCUAGACACAUCUCAAGGAGAUGUCAAGCAAACAGGAUGCAUCCGACUACAAUGUCAGGUGUUUUAAGAUAAUGUCAGUUUAUAAGAGAUUAUAGUUAAUAUCAAGGUAAGUGGUAUCAGCCUGGUAGAAAUCUACAAUUUUGUUAUGAAAAUCUUUGCAUGUUUGCAGCCUGUGCAUGAAGUAUAAUUUAGGUAGGGACAAAUAAGGUAUUUGGUUGUUUAGGUGGAGGGACUUUAGUAGAUAUAAAUCUGAUAGAAAUUAAAUAUAAUUUAUUGUAAUGGGGGUAUACAAGCAGCACUUUCACCAGUGCUGAUAUCUGGUACAUACUGUAUGCCAGUAUAUUUAUUUUCUGUAAAGACCAAUCAGUUGACAAUUUUUCAAAGUCAGCAUAAUUUUCCAGUUACCUCCUCUGAUCCUGUAUGGUUUGUUUUGUCGAAGAGCUUGCUUUUGUACUUUAUCACAAGAACACAGUACAAACAAGGUUAUUUGAUACCCUGAGGGCAAGGAGAAAAAAAAGUGUUGUGUGUUGUGACAAUCCGCUAGCCUAUCUCUACUUCCUGGAGGGGAGAAAAAAAAACCCUUCCCAGGUAAUUGUGGCUGGACUGGGUGUGACCCUAAAGAAUGUCAAACAAAGAAAGAGUGACUGGCUCACUUGUCGUAGUGAGGGAAUAGAGGAUUUUACCAUCCGUGUUCACGUCCCAGCACAGCAGUCAGCUGGAGUGGAAACAACAGCCCGUACCUGCUCUAUCUGGAAACACUGACAGUGGAAAGGACCCAGUGGUUCUGUUAUUGUGGAGGGAUGUUUAACAUGCUGUAUGAGUGGUUCUGGUGGGACAGAAUCUGGCUGCCGGUGAACCUGACGUGGGCUGACCUGGAGGACAGGGAGGGCAGGGUCUAUGCCAAAGCCUCACAUCUCUAUGUCACUGUCCCCUACGCUUUUGUCUUCCUACUCAUCAGAUACCUGUUUGAAAGGUGGAUAGCGACACCUCUCGCAUUCUCUGCUGGGAUCAGGCAGAGAGUUCAUCUGAGAGCACAGGAUAACCCCAUUCUGGAGCACUACUACACCACUCAGAGUAGAAAUCCUGCUCAGGCAGACAUUGAUGGACUGUCUAAGAAAAGCAGUUUGUCAGUGAGACAAGUUGAACGGUGGUUCAGAAGAAGACGUGGCCAGGAUCGUCCCGGAGUCCUGAAGAAGUUCAGAGAGGCCAGUUGGAGGUUUGUCUUCUAUCUGUUGGCGUUCUUUGGAGGAAUAGCAGCUCUGUAUGAUAAAGAAUGGUUUUAUGACACUCGGGAGGUAUGGACAGGUUUUCCAAAGCAGUCCAUGCUGGAGUCUCAGUACUGGUACUACAUCUUGGAGAUGAGCUUCUACUGCUCUCUCGUCUUCAGCAUCGCCUUCGAUGUCAAGAGAAAGGACUUUAAGGAGCAAAUCAUCCAUCACUUGGCCACAUUAGUCCUCUUAUCAUUUUCCUGGUGUGUCAACUACAUUCGUGUUGGAACGCUGGUCAUGCUCGUCCAUGAUGCCUCUGAUGUUUUACUAGAGUCUGCCAAAUUAUUCAACUAUGCCAAAUGGGAGAGAACCUGCAAAACUCUUUUUGUUCUGUUUGCCAUAGUGUUUAUGGUGACACGACUGAUCAUCUUUCCGUUUUGGCUGAUCCACUGUACCUGGGUUUACCCCGUCCACCAUUACCCCGCCUUCUUUGGCUACUAUUUCUUCAAUGUGAUGUUGGUGGUUCUCCUCUGUCUGCACAUAUUCUGGGCCUACCUCAUUCUGUGCAUGAUCAGGAAAUUCAUGUUUGGCACCCUGACCAGAGAUGAGAGAAGUGAUAAUGAAGAGGAAGAGGAGGAAGAGGAGAGCAGCACAACAGAGGAUGAAAGUGCAGAACAGCACAAGCUUGGCAAUGGAGUGGCAGCUGAUGAGAAGGAGGACAAGAACGGCUGCUUCGGAUGCUUGUCUCCACCAGAGAACAUCUAUCGGUCAAAGACUGUAUACUGACUCUUGUUGAGUGUGAUCAGUGGAGCUGAGGAUGUGGGAAACUGAACGAUGCUAAAUACAUUUCAUCCAAUACAGACUGAAAAAUAACGCAAAACAUCAUUUAUUCCUACACGACCUGACCUGAAUAAGCCUUGCAGCUCUUAAGACUGUGCACAUGAACAGGGAGAGAAACUCCCUGUUUUCUCCUCAGUUUUGUCAGUGACAGUACUUUCCUUCAACAGGUCAAAAGGGACCAGUGAACCAAACAAGCAAACAAAACACAAACCCCACUGUAUGCUCAUCAUCACAUCUAAUCUGUUCCAUAUUGUUUGUGAAGUGCAGAGGCCGUGAGCUGUGGAGCGAUUCCUGCAGCUGCUUUGCCUCACUGUUGCAUCCAUCAAGGCCUGCUGGCUUUUAUGUCAGCCCUCUGUUUAUGGCCACAGAGAGAUGAAUGGGAUCCAGAACCUGUCAGGGUGCCCCCAGCAACCUUUGAGUAUGUACCCUGUCAACACUGAAAUAAUGUCUUAAAUCUAGAUUUUGAUUCAGGUCAACUUAGCAAGACAGAGCAAUGAUGUAUUAUCUAGUUUGUUACCACCACCCCCCCGCAAAUGCAAUUAAUCUAUUACCAACAACAACAACCGAUAUGCUGUGAACAUGGGACUUUUGGAUCCCCUAGGGGUCUGGGAUUUGGGGGCAUUUGCCAGCCUUGCAUGUUUGGUAAUCCAGCUUUGUGCCCAGUGGUCCAGGAUGUGUUUAGCCUGGAUUCUUUGACUGGAAGUAUGGAAAAAUUUCAGGCGCUAACAAGGCACAAGGUUGUCAUAUAUCCUAAUAUCUUUAACCACUAUACCCUCUUUCUUUUGUUGUUGAGUGUAACAGUUCUUACUUGACUGGAGAAAACAGUUUGUUUAGUUUAGUUCAGUUCAUCUAUCACCACAGCCAAAGUGAAACCAGAACGUCUGAGUUCUGUUGCAGAAAUAAGAAAACCUUAUUCAAGAUCCCACUGAUAUUUGUACCAAUGAUAGUACAAAUCCUCCCUUGCAUUAGAGGCUUUCUCAACAGUAUGUCAUGUCUUGUUUAGAUAAGGAAAGUAGUUUCUUGAAAUAUGAACUAAUAUUGUUAUUUACUUCAUAUGUCUCUUUUUAUUUCUAUUGGUCCUUAAUGUAGAUGUGUUCAGAACAUAUACAAUUGACUCUCUGUCAACAAAUCUUUAAACUGAACUGACAAUGGUGAAUCAUCAUUGUCAUCAACAAAUCAGUAGCGUUUAGCAGCAGAGCUCCUCACUAGUGACUGCUGUCAGCUCAGCCAUGAUUCCUAAUAUGUUACUUAUUCAUUAAAAGAUUGAUGAAAGACACAGAAACAAUCAGAAUCCGAACCAGUGCUAAACUAUGUGGCUGUAUGAAUGGUGAUGUGUUCGCUUGCUGACAUAUGAACUGAGGUGCAUUUGAGUGGCCCAACAAACACCAUUUUCCAUACGCUCCAGACCUUUGCAGACUUAAAUGUAGGAACGGAGCUAGUCUGGAUUUGACUUUGUGACCUUGGCUCUUACAACCCAACCCUAACCCUCCCAGGUAUUCUUGGAGAUGGAGGAAAUCCCUAAUGUUGAGGUUUACCAGACCCCCAAAUACAUCCAUGGCCAUAUAAAUUAUGAGAGAGGCAAAAGAGGAAGUCAGGUGGUGUCAUUACAGAGAAAUAAAACCCACGGAGGGAGGAGGUUGUGGUGGAUGAGUGGAUCAACAAGAACAUCAGACUUUAACACAGGAAGUUGCUGUUUGUUACCAAUUGUUGACCAACAGUCUGCACCAGAAAAACAGGGGCAGAUGACGUCUCAUGCAGUGAGGUUUGAUUAUAUUUCAAUCUGGAAAAUGAAAAUAUUGUUGUCUGUAGGCUAUGUCAGAAUAUACUGGCAUUUAACUUGAUCAGAGCCGCAGCACAGGUAUGUAGACUCGUCUGUUGUAGUUGAACUGGCCACUGGGAGCACCAGGAGAAACCCUGUGGCAUUCAUAUUGCUGGUGGACGGUCAAAAAUCUAUUAGGUUUGUGCUGUUCCUCUCUGUCUCUUUAAAUCUGUAUUUUUUACAAGUACAAUCUCUGUAGUACACCUGUGACCACUACAACAAAAGUGAUUACACCUGUGAUUUCCAUUUCCUCAUUACUCAUUGUUCUGGUGAUUCAUAUUGAGAAUCGGUUUCCCUUAGUUGUAAUUUCACUGUUACCCACAGGAUGGCACUAAUAACCUUUUCUGAUGUCUGUCAAAUCAUGAAGCAGGACCAGACUAUUAACCACAUAUGUAACAGAAAAAUGGAAACAGUUUCUGGCUGGAUUAAUAAUCAUUAUUAUAAGUCUGGUAAUCUGUUCAUGUAAUAGGGAAUCUACAGGUCUGUGAAAACAACUGAAAUGACCCUUUACAAACCAAAGGUAGAAAAAACAACACUCUUAUAGUCACUGAGUCCAAACUCCACAUAUUAUACAGCUGUUUUCAUAGGCUGAACAGUACUAACUUGGAUUAGUUAACAGAUCUGUUUCCAUUACCAGAUUAAGGUUUGUUUAAGAGCAGAGACUCUUACACUUGGAUAGAAGUGAGGUGUGACAUUUAGCAAUUUAAGGCUAACAUAAUAGUUAGCCUUACAUUUUUGAGUCCAUAGAACAUUAACAUAACUUUCAUCUAAGAAGAGAACCCAAAACGCUGCUUGUUUUGUGCACAAGCUGUAAAAUAAUACCCUGAAAUAAAAAGGUUACUUCCUA